AUGCAUUCACAUCGCAUUAAAGAAACAUCGGAGGCCUGCUUUCAUGGCUGCUGCCCAGUCCCUCUACUCGGCUUACCAGAUGCUCCAAAGCCCACCACUAAACCAAUCAACAUAGUCGCUGCGUCUCAUUACAAUUUUGAUGCCGCCACAGCCGCUUCUCUCUUGCCAAAUACCCAAUUCACCAACCAUGAGUCCCUCCCUCCAUUGGCAGAGGCUCUCUCUCGCUUCGCCACAGCUUACCCAUACUAUUCCCACACCCAUGAGGCCGAUCAAAUCAGAGCCCAACACUACUUUCAUCUCUCCCUCUCCAACCGCGUCUGCUUCGAUUACAUCGGUUUUGGCCUCUUCUCCUAUUCCCAGAAUCAAACUUCCAAUUCAAUUCCUUCAUCAUCUUCUUCUCCUCCUCCUCCUCCUUCCAACAGUCUCGAAUUCCCCUUCUUUGACAUCUCCUACAAACCCCCAACUCUGCAAUCUCAGACACUUAACAGUGGCGAAGAAUCGGAAUUAGAAUCCAGGAUCAGGAAGAGAAUCAUGGAUUUUCUCAACAUCUCUGACACUGAUUAUCACAUGGUUUUUACAGCAAACAGGGCAUCUGCUUUUAAGCUUUUGGCAGAAUCUUAUCCUUUUCAAUCCAAUCGCAGGCUCCUUACAGUCUAUGACUACGACAGCGAGGCUGUUCGAGCCAUGAUUGAUAGCUCCCAGAAGCGAGGCGCCCAAGUCAUGUCCGCCAAAUUCUCAUGGCCGAGCCUGAGGAUUCAUACUGCAAAACUGACUAAUAUGGUUGUGAGUAAGAGGAAGAAAGAGAAACGGGGACUUUUCGUGUUCCCAGUGCAAUCGAGGAUGACUGGAAGACGAUACUCUUAUCUAUGGAUGAGCAUCGCACAGGAGAAUGGGUGGCACGUCUUGCUCGAUGCCUGUGCAUUAGGAUCGAAGGACAUGGACACAUUGGGCCUCUCUCUCUUUAGGCCUGACUUCCUUAUCUGCUCCUUUUUCAAGGUUUUUGGGGAGAACCCAUCAGGAUUUGGUUGCCUCUUUGUCAAAAGAUCGAGUGCUUCCGUCUUGGAGGGUUCCACCAUGGCUAGAAGCAGCAUAGGAAUCGCUGUCACUCUUGUCUCAACAAAGAAGCUUUCUCAAUUACCCUCUGAUGAUUCUGAUGGUCACUCACAGACCCAAGAAAUAUCUAAGCUAGAGUCCGAGGAAGAUGAUUUAUCAUCCGUCAGGUCAUUCUCCGGUCCUAUUCUUCUGCAACCUCAGACGAGUACUGGGUUAGGGGAGAGAUCUUUGAGCUCAAACAGGAGAACUCAAUUGGAAGGAUUACAACAUGGUUCAACCCCUGAAAUUGUUGAAAUAGAUAGGCCCAAUGAUCUAUUAAAAGCAGAGAGUACAGAAACCAAUACCAAUGACAUGGACAACAAGAGCUUAGACAUCGAAUGCAAGUAUUUGGAUCAUGCGGAUUCUUUGGGGCUCAUAGUCAUCAGCAAUAGAGCAAGAUACUUGACCAAUUGGCUGGUAAAUGCAUUGAUGAAGCUCCAGCAUCCGGAGCAGGGACUUCCCCUCAUCAGAAUCUACGGGCCAAAGAUUAAAUUUGACAGGGGACCUGCCCUGGCAUUCAAUGUGUUCGAUUGGAAAGGAGAGAAGAUUGAACCCGUGGUUGUACAGAAGCUUGCAGAUCGAAGCAAUAUUUCUCUGAGCUAUGGGUUCCUACAGAACAUAUGGUUCUCAGACAUGUACGAAGGAGAGAAGGAGCGUGUCUUAGAGACAAGACACCAUGAAGCAACGGGAAUGGCAGAAAACAAGAGGAGAGAAAGAGGUGAACUGGGGAUAACUGUUGUCACGGCUGCAAUUAGUUUCCUGGCCAAUUUCAACGACACCUACAGGCUUUGGGCUUUUAUAGCUCAAUUCCUCGAUGCAGAUUUUGUGGAGAAGGAGCAGUGGAGAUACACGGCCCUUAAUCAGGGGACUGUUGAACUUUAAAUCCAACUGAUUCAAUGUUCUCUCAAUGUAUAAUCUUUCAUCAUCAAUGGUAAAAAGUCCCUGAAGUAAACGACACCCCAUCAUCCAAAUACCAGACUCCAGAGAAGGCACCAGAGCUCCUUUUCAAAAUUUAAUGACCUGCAGUUUUCCAAUUCUU